ACGGGGAGUCAAAUACUCAAAACAAUCACAGAACUUGAGAGUGUGUGCGUGUGUGUGCCAUACAAAUCCCAUAAAAUCCGCAACGGGCAGGAUUUCGGUACACACAAACACAAAUCCACAUCCAUCGACAACCACACACCAUGAACUUGUUUCGUACGAUUGCCCUCCUUGGGUUGGCAUCUCCCACAGUGUUGGCCUUUGACUACCAGAUCACCGGCAGCGAGAGCAUCGUCCUCACGGACGUCGAAACCGGCAUUGACAAGAUUGCCACCAUCUUUACCGACGAACAGAUUCUCGUGUCGGUCGAUGGACUCACCUGGGAACCGUCCACCACCAACGUCACCGAAUCCAAUAACCUCCUCGUUUGGGAAACCUUUCUGGACGGACAGUUGCAGCCCCAGGCCAGCGGUACUCAGUCCUUGGCCGAUACCGGACGCAUCCUCCCCACCCGAAUCGACGCCGGAGAAAUCGUCGUGGGCAGUGGGGGUCGGGUCAAUAUUCGUGUCGAAAUUACCGUCGACGGUAACACCAUCACGACCGAAAAAGAGUUUGAAGCGUACGGGUCCGGAGUGUCCAUUAUUCCUCUGCUCGUGGUCCUCGUGUUUGCGCUUUCGACCCGUAUGGUGGAAUUUUCCCUCUUUUCGGGCAUCUUUAUCGGAGCCUGCAUGAUUAGCGGCAAUCUCAAGGACGGGUUCAAGUCCACGUUGGAAGACUACAUCCUCGAGGCUCUGGCCGAUGUGGAUCACGGAUACGUUUACCUUUUCACGCUCUUUCUCUCUGGCUUGGUCGGAAUGUUGGAAAAGAGCGGAGGCAUGUACGGUUUCACCAAGGAUGUUUCGCGAUUCGCGACCACUCCCCGGACGGGUCAACUCGCCUGUUUCUCGGUCGGCAUUUUUGUGUUCUUUGACGACUACGCCAACGUCCUACUCGCCGGAGAAACCAUGCGUCCUCUUCUCGACCUACUCUACGUUUCGCGCGAAAAGCUCUCCUUCAUCGUCGACGCCACGUCCGCUCCCAUUGCCAGUCUUUCGCCAGUCUCCAGUUGGGUCGGAUUCGAAGUGGGACUCAUCCAAACGCAGCUCGAUAUCAUCGUGGAACGAGCCGGAACCGACGAUAUUGGUAUCAAGACCUCCGGUUUGGGAGUGUUCUUGCAAAGCAUCAAGUACCGCUACUACCCGAUUUUUAUGAUUGUUCUGAUGUUGGGAUUGAUCUACAGUGGCCGUGAUUUUGGUCCGAUGCUCGUUGCGGAACGCAAAACUCAAGUCUACGAACGCUCCGAUGGCGGUGACGGCAAGGGAGUCGCCAGCAAAAACGGAACCUCGGAGAAGCACAACGCCCCCAAGGAAGGAACGCCUUUGAAAUCCUGGAAUAUGGUGUUCCCCGUACUGGUUUUGAUUUUUUUCAUUUUUUACAUGCUCGUCAAAACGGGUGAGGAACCGGGGACCAGCCAAAGCUUCAUGGACAAGAUUGAAAACUCCAACUCGUAUUCGGCCCUGCUUUGGGGUACCAUGGCAGCCGUGAUGCUGACCACCAUCUUCUACUUGCUACAGCCAGUCAAGGAUGGAAAAGUUCUCGUUCCCGUUCCAAGUGUGGUGAAGGAGCUAUUCUUUUCGCGCAAAGAAAAAGACGAAGACGCCGAAUCGCCGCCUCGUUUCCUCAUGACGGUUCACGAUAGUGUCGAGAGCUUCCUCUACGGAAUGGGCCGCAUCUUUCCGGCCCUCAUCGUUCUGACACUUGCUUGGGCGUCUGGUGCUAUUAUGAUUGGCGUCGGCGCCGACCGCUUGUUCUCACGCUGGAUUGUCGGCGGUAUUGACCCUAAAGCCUUGCCCACACUUUCCUUUAUCAUUUCCAUGUUCAUGGCGCUGGCUACCGGAACGUCUUGGGGAACCAUGUCUAUUCUGUUUCCUUUGAUUCUGGUGCCAACGUACGACGCCUCCAACGGUGAUCCCACCAUUUUUUACGCCGUGACUGCCGGAGUUCUGAGCGGCAGCGUGGCCGGUGACCACAUGAGUCCAAUUUCGGAUACCACAGUACUAAGCGCCCUCGCCUGCGAUUGCGACCUCAUCGCACACGUGACUACUCAGGUACCCUAUGCCAUGCUAGUGGUCCUCACGAGUAUCAUUUUGGGGACCGUGCCGAUUGGCUACGAUGCCUGGCCUAAUAUCAUCGGAAUUCUCCUUGGAGCUAUUCUGUUGAUUGGAUUUGUGUACGGACUCUGCGCACCAGUAGUCAACGCUACCGGGCGUUUUGAUCCCGUCACCGAGCUUUUCAUCAAGUUUUCCAGCCGCGGUGAAAAGGAAUCCUCGCUUUUGCUCCUCAAGGAAGAUACGAUCAAGAAAGCUGCUGGCGAAAACGUCCAAGAGUCGAAGGAUCUCGAUGUCAGCGAAGACGAUAGCUCCAAGAAAUUGGAAGAAGCCGUCUACGAGACGCCGAUUGGCGUCGAAGCAGGGGAUUCUCGCGAGGAGAAUGAGAAUAUGUAGUAGUGGAAAGGUUUUCUCUUGAAAUUGCCGAUAAAUGUUUUACAUGGGCGAGACAGACCUUGAGCGUUUCUACUUAAAUUAUUUUUUAUUGAUACGGGUUUGCUCAAUGCCUCUCUCUGCAUUAUAGCAAGAGUUAAGUUAGUUUCGGGCCUUUUUCAUUUGAUCGCGAAUAUCGGUGGAGCUGAUAUCUACCCGGAAAUCCUUGAGGAGCGUAAAUUUCGCUCGUAACCUCUCCGGCAGCUGUCUCACGUCAUCUUCGCCACUCACAAAAUCAGGGUCCCCCAACUUUUGUUGCACCCUUCCACCCACUACGAAAUGGCAAGCCAUAUCAUCUAAAGCGGCGAUCAUUUGCUCCUCACAAUCGUUGUAGUAUUUCGGAUUUAAUAAACGCACCAAGGUAUCAGUCCCUAUCACCAUGUGCAGAGGAAUUUUCUGAUCGAAAGAUCGUACCACCUGCUGAGGUUGAAAGAUAUCAACCUUUUGCUUGAAGAGUGGUGCAUUUGUCAAAAGAAUACCCCAACGCUCCGGCAUAUCAGCCAGCGUCAAAAAAUGCUGAAUUCGACGGACAAUCUCGUCACUCGCAAGACUCGGUUUGUCGGCAUUUGUUAUGGACAACUCAAACCAAGCCACUUGACAACUAGACUCUGUUAGCGCUGCUUGAACCAGCUUUACAUGACCCUCAUGCGGGGGAUUGAAGCUUCCUGGAAAAACCAAAGAUUUGGGCGGUAAGAACGCCUGCGUCAAACACUUGAAGCCUUCCGCGGUGGGGAUUAAUGAAACUGCUUCCUCUUCUCCGCAUAAAAUUUUAUCUGCUGCCUGGCGCACGACCUCGUCUGGAUUAUAUCGUGCGGGAAUAGGGAGUGUUAUGCAUAACUGGUCACCACAGCCUGUCGUCAGCUCCAGUAAGGUCGAAGGCGCUGACGCACUUUCAAGUGCGUGCUCCAAGCACGUAAGUAUACAGUGACUGACGAAGACAUCUUCCUCAAAUCUACUGCGCUUCGUUGAAUCGCUGUCUCCUCCAACCAAAUCAAUUUUCAUGGCUACUUGUCUAGCGUCCGAGAAAGAAACGGCAACAAAGGCACGGCUGUUCCUUUUCGAAGUAUCAGAUCGCAAAGCCGAGGCGCAGCCAACACCAAUAGCGUGGGUCAUAUUUUGCAGCGGAAAGUGCCCGUAUUGAGGAUCACCCGCCGCCGAAAGCUUAAGCGCUUGUUUAAGGGCCGCUAGAGAAGAGAAAGAAGCCGAUUCCGCCGAGCAAUAUCGAAAUGUUUCCGAGUCGAGGUUUCGCUGCACAUACUGUCGAUAACUUUCGCGAUCGUACGUCAGUGUUCCUUCCAGAAGAAUACUGGAUGCUCCAGGAGUAGCUGCAAGGGUGGAAAGAAAGCUGCCCCCACCGCCGGCAACUGCCAAGGCGAGCCGGCAACUGGCACUGUGUCUUUUCCGAAAGUUGUUCAUGCGCUGUUGGAGGCUUUCAAGGGAAAAAUUCUCGUCUUCAGCCGUACUGCUACUGACACUACUAUAGAGAGAGACCACUCUCGGCAACAUGCUAGCUCUGGUUUCUGGUGUCGUCAUCACAGUAGACGACGGUCGACUUCCUUGUCGAGAGAAGAAACUUUUCGGCAACUUCCACAACAUGCGAGAGCUGAAUGAAAGACUUGACGUCGAGACGACCAACGAGCAGAAGAGGAGACUAACAGAAUGCGAGGCGAAGAAGCGGAUGAAAGAAGUACAAAAGGGCCUUCCCAGCAUCUUCACACCUCUGGCGCUUUGACUUCGUUUUACGUGCACCCCUACAUAAGUUUUCGAAUAUGGUUGACUGUAAUGUAAAACGAUCAAAG